AUGGUGCCACGAUGUCAGCUCGCAGCGUUGUUCCUGCUGCCGCUAGCGCGCGCGGCCCCGCAGCAGAGCGGUUUCGGGGUGACGUAUACAGAUGAUGCCACGAGGCUACGAGCAGACCUGCUUCGCCAAUACGACUCUGUCGUGCCGCCGCGCAGUCAGAGGACCGUCAACUACAGCAAGUCCGGCACUGAUGUUGCCAUGGAGAUUCGCCUGUUCAAGGUUCAAGGGGUUGAUGCGUCCCUCGGGCAGAUGCGCCUCAAGGUAUGGGUGCGGAUGUCUUGGCAUGAUAUGCGACUUAGCUGGGACCCAGCAGCAUACGGCAACGUCACAACUGUUCACUUCCGCACCCAGCAUCCCACAAACGCGGAGAAUACCGAGAUUUGGCUGCCUGAUAUACAGCUGUACAACGCAAACAUCGGCAACGAGUUUUCGUUGGAGACGGGCUUGGCAUCGGCAACUUCAGAUGGUCUCGUGUUCUGGAGUCGUCCCGGGUUGAUAGAUACGCUCUGCAAGUUCUCUGGCUUGGUGGCUUUCCCUUUCGACGUGCUUUCCUGCUCCAUGGAAUGGGGUGGGUGGUCGUAUUCAGGUGGCUUCCAAGGCAUUGCACUCAGUGGGAAAGGUUACUCCACGGCCACCACUGAGCAAACAGCUGGGUCAUCCUACCAAGAGUACAGCAUUGUGGGGAUGGAGGUCGGGUCAAACACCGUCUUCUACGACGCCUACCCGAACGAGCCUUGGACGGUCGUGAAGUACACAGUCAAGCUGGGGCGGGCUUCGUUUUACUAUUCUUUGCUGAUCCUCCUACCGACGGUACUCAUCACCUACCUGUCCUUUGGGGUUUUCUUCAUGUCCCAUGAGGCACGGCUGUGUGCAAGAAGCAAAGCACUCGCCAACAGUGAAUCCACAAUGCGAGGCACAUGA